GGUCCCUUUGCUGCACAGCCAACAACGGCGAUGGCGGGCAGACAGUCUGGUUGGAGCCAGGCAGCUCUUCUCCAGUUUCUUCUUGGCAUGUGCCUAACGGUGAUGCCACCUACCCAGGCCCGGAGUCUGCGCUUUGUUACCUUGCUGUAUCGACAUGGAGAUCGGUCACCAGUGAAGACAUAUCCCAAGGACCCCUAUCAGGAAGAGAAAUGGCCCCAGGGUUUUGGUCAGCUAACCAAGGAGGGGAUGCUGCAGCACUGGGAGCUAGGCCAGGCUCUGAGGCAGCGCUACCAUGGCUUUCUGAACACCACUUACCACCGACAAGAGGUUUAUGUGCGAAGCACUGACUUUGACCGUACUCUCAUGAGUGCUGAGGCCAACCUGGCUGGACUCUUCCCUCCCAAUGAAGUGCAACGAUUCAACCCUAACAUUUCAUGGCAGCCCAUCCCUGUUCACACUGUGCCCAUCCCUGAAGACAGGUUGCUAAAGUUUCCAUUGGGUCCAUGUCCCCAUUAUGAGCAGCUGCAGAAUGAGACUCGGCAGACUCCAGAGUAUAAGAAUAUGAGUAUUCAGAAUGCACAAUUUCUGGACAUGGUGGCCAAUGAGACAGGGCUUAUGAACCUGACCCUAGAGACCAUCUGGAAUGUGUAUGACACACUCUUUUGUGAGCAAACACAUGGGCUGCUCCUGCCGCCCUGGGCCUCACCCCAAACCGUGCAACGUCUGAGCCAGCUAAAGGACUUCAGCUUCCUCUUCCUCUUCGGGAUCCACGAGCAAGUACAGAAGGCCCGACUUCAGGGUGGAGUUCUGCUGGCUCAGAUACUGAAGAACCUGACACUCAUGGCAACCACCUCUCAAUUCCCUAAGCUUCUGGUUUACUCCGCGCAUGAUACUACCCUUGUUGCUUUGCAAAUGGCACUGAAUGUCUACAAUGGGAGACAAGCUCCCUACGCUUCCUGCCACAUGUUUGAACUGUAUCAGGAAGAUGAUGGGAAUUUCUCAGUUGAGAUGUACUUUCGGAAUGACAGUAAGAAGGCACCCUGGCCUCUGAUCCUGCCUGGCUGCCCUCACCGCUGCCCACUGCAGGACUUCCUUCGCCUCACAGAGCCUGUCAUACCCAAGGACUGGCAGAAGGAGUGCCAGCUCAUGAGUGACACUGCAGACACAGAGGUGAUUGUGGCCUUGGCUGUCUGUGGCUCCAUCCUCUUCCUUCUAAUAGUGUUGCUCCUCACUGUCCUCUUCCGGAUGCAGGCUCAGCCUCCUGGCUACCACCAUGUUGCAGACAGGGAAGACCAUGCUUGACAACCACUCAGUCCCCUUCCUCUGCUUCCUAGGGGAGGUGAGCUGAUCCCAGCGCUCAGCCUCCCUGAUUACCUAAGCCCAGAUGAAUGAGCGAGGCUCUCCUGGGCUGUGAACCUGUGACUCACCAUCUAUACGCCUGGUGUUUACCAUGCGCUGUGCUGGACACUGGCUGUGAACCUGUGACUCACCAUCUACACGCCUGGUGUUUACCAUGCGCUGUGCUGGACACUGGCUCUCUCCUAUACUCCCUAAGGACCUGAGAUACAGACUAGGAUUCAGUUUCCACUCAGGACCUGGGAUACAAAAACAAAACAAAACUGAAGCCGGUGCUUGACCUGCCUUGCUCUUUGUCUUCUAGCCCACACCUUUGGAAAAUGGCAUAGAGGACAUUGUCCCUUGGUACUUUUUUUUAGAGGCAAAAACUGCAAAUCACUGGGAGUGUAAAAUGUGGCUAUCAAGGAACUGGGUCAUCCAACAGCGGAGUUUCCCUGUGGCUGAGGCUACUGUUAAUGUCAACCCUUGGCUUGAGCAGGGUCUCAGGCAGGUCUGAAAGGUAUGUGUACUGUACCUGGAUGAGUGGGAGGACGCAGGCAGGAGAGAGACACAUCAUGAAGUGAGUCUCCCGCAGCUGGGCUGGGCUCUUCAGAGACCUGAACUGGACUUGUUUAGGGCUGCAGGGACUCGGAAGAAAUGAAGGUCGGACUGAGUGCUGGCUCUGUGCCUUUCUUGUCUCCCCCACUCUUGACACCCAAGCAGCACUCUUACAGGCUGUGCUAGAUCUGCUCAGAAGCCCAGCUGCUUUGGGGUUUUUUAGU